AUGUCUACCCUUUCUCAACAGCUGUCCCAACUCGGCGGCGGAUCUACCGUCGACCGAACCUGGAAGCUCAAGCAGCACUCCAAGUCGCUCAUUUACGAGCCUCAGGUUGCCCAGGAUCAGGACUUUUCUUUUAUCCACGCUGUUGGUGUUGAAGGCCUGCGAGAUCUCGUCUCUCUGGACUCCCGAUUCGCUCAGUUCGAGAAUAACCUGUUCAGCGACACCUCUAUUGAUGUCGAUCGAUAUGUGCAGACCCAGGAGCAGAACGACCUGCUCGACAAGGCCAUUUCGGCGUUCCUUUCUCUAAUUGGACCCUACCUGAUGCUCUCCCCUGCCGUCAAGGCCUUGGAAUGGCUCGUCCGACGUUUCCAUGUCAACCAGAUGAACGCUGAGCAGCUUCUCCUGUGUGUCCUCCCCUAUUACGACCAGGACAUUUACCUGCGGGUCGCCGAUGUCAUCAUCAAGCUCCCUCCCCUGUUUGUUUUCCUUAACAAGAGCAAGUCUGCUGCCCAGAACCCCCCUCGAAACCUGUUGAUCCGAGCCUUCAGUGCUGAUAUGCGUCUGUUUGAACUCAUCACCGAGUAUAUCGUUGGUCAGACUACCACAAAGACCUCAUACCAGCGACAGCUGUCUUUCUGGUCGCAGUUUGCCAUCUACGGCCUGGUCGCCGACAAGGCUGACCCCGAGCGAAUGCUGGAGAUCUACCUGCCGGCUCUGGCCAAGCUCGUUGUCACCAUCGAUACCGACUGCCAGAUUGCUGCCUACAUGGUUCUGACUGUUCUUGGUAACAAAAUGCCUCUCAACAAGGAGGUAUUCAACGCUCUCGUUGAGACCAUCGCUGCAAACUGGACCCAGAAGGCCAUCAAGAGCGGUAUUCUUUGCAUCACCCAGAUGUACCAACAAAAGCAGGAGCCCGAGGUGCUGCCCACUAGCGUCAUGACCGCUCUCAACAAGGCCGGUUUUCAGCCUUCAGAUGUUGUCGCCCUAUCUCAGAAGUACAAGAUGGCUCUUUUCACCCUCGGAUACUGCAUGGCUCUGCUCCGGAACCCCGACGCUGCCAAUUUCAAGGGUCUUGAAGAGAUCAUUUCCAACACCCAGUUUGGCUCUAACGAGUCCACCUUCCUUAUGCGUUACAUUGUUGACUGGGCCCUUGCAAAGGAGACCAACACGUCUGUUGCUGCUCUGGCUGCUCCCGUCAUCGCCAAGUGGGUUACCCGAGGUGAGACUGUGCCUGAACUCGACCAGCUCGAGCUCAAGCUCCAGACUGUCUUUACUGAGGCUGCCGUCGAGGAGAUGGAGGUCGAGGAGAUCCAGGAGGAUGUUGAUGUCGAGUCUCUCGUUGAGCAGGCCAAGAAAGCCGCUUCUCAGACCACCACCUACUUCUCAACCAAGACCUCCGAGAAUUACGCGGAACUUUCCAAGAUUUUUGUUCAGCUCAUCGAGCGAGGAUACACUAUGGACAAGUUUGUCAGCAUGUUCUCCUCUGACAUUGCUUCCCUAACCUUCUUUGCUCGAAUUUGGGCUUCUCCCUCACCUCUUUUGGCGCGUCUUGCUGCCGUGGAGGCCGCUAAGACUAUUAUUACUGCCGCUGGCGAGGCCGACUUCCAAAACCUCAUCCCUUACACAUGCAUUGCUCUUUCUGACGCAUCCCAGCGAGUCCGAAAGGCCGCUGCUAGCUUCGCCGAAGUGCUCAAGUCCAAGCAGAACAAGAAACCCAUCUGGGGAGUGGAGAAGAUUUACACCAACGACUGCUCUUACCUCGGUUCUGGUGACGUUACCGUCCUUCUUAACGCUCUGUCUCUCGAGGAGUGUAUUCUGGACGAGUCCUUUGUUAUCCGACAGGUCUCUGAUAUGAUCUCUAAGAAGAAGGGUUACAAGAGCGCCUUCUCAACCGCGGUUCUUGCCUACCUCGGCUCGCACGCGGUAUCUCAGGAGAUUAUCGCCAUUAGAACAUCUCUUCUUACUCUGGUCACUUCUUCCGAGGAGCCCAUUGUGCCUACCACGAAGGUUGUUGAGCCUCUGUACAUCAACCCUCCCAACGAUCUGGCGUACAUUACUGAGUUAAUCCGAACUGUCACCGACAAGACCGGAAUCAAGUUCCUUGAGUCCCUUAUCAAGAACGACUCCCCUAUCUACGAUGAAGUAUGUGAUAUUGUCACCCAGCGACUAGUCAAGCUGUGGCCCACCCUCAAGGGAGAUGCUCACCUGGGCCUGUUCCGAUUCUUUGUUGAUCUUUCCCUUGACAAGGACGUUCCCUUUGACUCUCUUGAUGUUCUCGCUCACGUUGAUGUCCCUACCAAGGUCUUCAUCUCUCUGCUGGAUGACUGCAAGGUCGAGCAAAACACAACCUCCAUGGAUGCUCCUUCUGACGAGUCUACUAAACGACGGAGACGAUCUUCUUCGUCCACCGUUCGAAACCUGCUACAGGGCAAGCUCCACCAUAUUGCUGAGCGAAACUUGCGAAAGGUUUCUCUGGUUCUGGAGCUGCUUGUUGCAUCCAAGACCACUGACGACGCUCUUCUAGGCCCUUUGUUCACUCAGCUUGGCGAGAUUCUGACUCUCGGAACCGACUCCAACCUGCCUAUUGACUACUGCCAGUCUCUGCUUGCUGAUGUUCUUCUCAACAUCAUUCGAGCCAACCAACACGAUGGAGCCAGCAUUGAUCGAGAUAUCCGAGUCGACAUUGUUGUUUCUGCUAUUCGAACCGCCUCUAACGCCCAGAUCCAGAACAAGUACCUGCUCCUUGUUGCUGAGCUUGCUACUGUGGCCCCAACUCUGGUUUUGCACUCUGUCAUGCCCAUUUUCACCUUUAUGGGCGCCAACACUCUCCGACAGGACGACGACUUUUCCGUCCAUGUCAUCGAACAGACUGUGGCGCGAAUAGUGCCCUGUCUAGCUGGAAACACUGACAAGGUUGACAUGCUUCUGGUCUCUUUCGUCACCGCCUUCCCCCACAUUCCUCAGCACCGACGAGUCAAGCUGUUUGGCGAGCUUGUCCGAGCCUUGGAUGCCUCCGGAACCAAGGACGCCCUUGCCACUUUGCUAUUCCUGUUUGCCCAGAAGUCUGCUGAGCUUAAGACUGCACGUAAGACUUCCGAAGUUUCUGCUAUCGCCAAGUUCUGCGACUCUCUGUUCAAGCUCUUCGAUGCUUCCAAGCAGCUUGCUGUCGUUCUUCCCUAUGUCACUCUGGUCCAGGAGCUGUACGCCAUCAUUGCUACGGACCCCAAGACCAAGGAGAAGGAAAAGAAGACUCGACGACAGAUUUUCUUGCAGGUCGACAAGGAGCUCGAGGUUUCUCCUAUCGACUUCCUGGUUGUUCUGCUCGAGUCCCGAAUUCUGCCUCUCCAGGCCGGUCUUGUCCAGAGCCCCGAGGCCCUCAAGAUUGCCGAGAACGUGCUCACCGUGCUCAUUGAGAGCCAGUACCCUGAGUUGCUCAACGUUAUCCUGUCUCUGCUGCCUCUGCCCCUCUUCGUCACUGUUGCUGGCCGACUUGGCUCUUCUGUCUACAAGACUGUCCUGGCCCGAUUCUCCUCAGGUUCUAUUGAGGAGGAAGAUACCAAGGCUUCCGACACUCUUCUCGAGUCUCUGCACAGUCUGCUGAAGUCCACCACCGAUACUGGCGAUCUUGUUCUGCUGCUCCAGAUCGUGGAAACUGUGGCCUCUGGCUUCCCUAAGUGCUCUGAUGCCCUUCUUGUCACCUGUGCUGGCGAAGCUGUAGCACAGCUCAAGAAUUCUGACGACGAUGUUUUCAUCCAGGCCGUAUCUGUCCUCUCUUCUCUGUGUCUCCGACUGGGUGCCCGAAUGAUUGGUCUGUUCCCUGCCACUAUCUCGUCUGUUCUUGCUCGAGACUCUUCCGACAACCUCAUUGCUCUGUCGGUUCUGGCUCUCUUUGCCACCUUCAUCAAGCGACUGCCCUCUUUCAUGGUCUCUUCUCUACCCAAGAUCUUUGAAUUUGCCCUCAAGUGUCCCGCUGAUACCGAUACCCGUAAGCAGCUCUUUGUUGUUUGUGUCGAGACCAUGGACUCUCGAGUUGUCCUCCAGACUCUGUGCGACUCCUGGAAGUUCGUUGAGGGCUUCGAGAAUGCUCGUCUGUUUGCUGACACGCUUGAUCUGGCGGUCGCCGAAGCUGACAAGAAGCAAAUCCACUCCAAGGCCGACAGCCUUAUCACUCUAUGUCUGGAAGCUUUCGACUCCUCUCUGAAACUGGAGGCCAACACUGCCGCUCGUGUCCAGAAUCUGUUCAUCAAGUGCCUGAUUGCCAUUGUCCUCAAGCUCAAUGACAAAACCUUCCGACCUCUGUUCGUCAAGAUUGUCGACUGGAACACUCCCGAGCGAUCCACUCUGCUGUUCAAGAUUGUCUGCCGACUGCAGGAGAACCUCAAGUCUAUUGUUACCUCCUACUACGGUUACAUCAUCGAUCUGGCUCUGGAGAUUCUUAACAAGGCUUCUGCAAUCACUCCUGCUCUCCAGCGAAACAUUCUCUCUUCCCUUUACUCUUCUUUCCGAUUUGACCGAGAAGAGUUCUGGAACAACGAGGAGCGUUUCACUAAGAUUUCCGACGCUCUGGGUGCGCAAUUCCCCUAUCUCACCAAGGUUGCGCCCGAGAAUUCCAAGCUUCUCAUUAAGGCUGUUGUGGCUCUCUGCGAGCUGGCCUCUGAGGACCAGAAGAAGCAGCUCAACGACAUGAUGAUCAAGCUGUUACGCCAGGCUCCUCUUUAUGGAUCUCGAUGUUUCGCUGCUCUGUUCAACAACGUUGGCGAGGAGUUCCUUCCCUUCCUGCCUCAGCUCGUACCCCAGAUUGCCGAGCUCCUUGAAAGUGAAGAUGAAAAGGUUGAGUCUGCUGUUCGUGCCGAACUCAUUCCUGCCGUUGAGGAGGUUCUUGGCGAGUCUCUCGACCGAUAUCUUGCUUAA